AUGGCGGACAGAUACUCCUUCUCUCUCACUACAUUCUCGCCCAGCGGCAAGCUGGUGCAAAUCGAGUAUGCCUUGAACGCUGUCAACCAAGGCAUUACUGCGCUGGGAAUCAAAGCCACGAACGGUAUUGUCCUCGCGACCGAAAAGAAGUCAUCUUCGCCCCUCGCCGACCAGAGUUCACUUUCCAAGAUUAGUAACAUCACGCCGAACAUCGGCACGGUCUACUCUGGCAUGGGCCCUGACUACAGAGUGCUGGUCGACCGCGCACGUAAAGUUUCGCACACUGGAUACAAGAGAAUCUACAACGAAUACCCUCCGACCCGCAUAUUAGUUCAGGAUGUAGCUCGCGUCAUGCAGGAAGCCACCCAAUCUGCUGGUGUUCGGCCAUAUGGUGUGAGCAUGCUGGUUGCUGGGUGGGACGACGGUAUCGAGCCUGAGGAGGCUGAGGAGGCCCAGGCCCAGGCCGGCGAGAAAAAGGCCAACAAGAAGACAGGAGGCAUUCACAAGGGUGGCCCUAUGCUGUACCAGGUCGACCCCACGGGCAGUUAUUUCCCAUGGAAGGCUACGGCCAUCGGCAAGAGUGCGACAAAGGCCAAGACAUUCCUGGAGAAGAGAUACUCGGAAGAGCUGGAGCUUGAAGAUGCUAUCCACAUUGCUCUGCUGACUCUCAAGGACAACAUCGAGGGCGAGAUGAACGGUGACUCUAUUGAAAUUGGCAUUGUUGGACCUCCUGCCGAUCAUUUGCUGGGCCUCGAAGGUGUCGAGGGAGCCUCUGGCCCUCGCUUCCGCAAGCUCACGCCGCAAGAAAUCGAGGACUAUUUGACGAGUCUAUAA